AUGGUGCCCAGUUCUGGUCAGUCCCAGUCGGUGCUAAGACCAGAGCCUUCAGAAUCCGCUCAGGGCCGCCUUGGAGAGAAUUUCUUGACCCAGCCUGUGGAUGGGAAGAGAUCUGGCUUCUCCAACAAGUUCCUGGGUGGGUCGGAGGCCGGAGCCUUCGUGGAAGGGGGCAUGGAGGUUCAAGGGAUGCUCCUCCCUCUCUCCUCGCCUCACCCACGUGGCAUGGAAAUCUUGGGCCGCAUCAUUGACCUGGAUGCCAAAGAGGAGGGUGUGGCCACGCGCAAACACGUCCUGAGCAUGCUACCAUCCUGGUGCAGCCCGGCCCUGAGGGAGAUGGAGCCCAAGGACCAGCAGCUCAUGGUAGUGCUGCGGAUCCGCCCACUCAGUGACACAGAACUGGAGGAAGGAGCCACCGUCAUCGCCCACAAAGUGGGGAACCAGAUGGUGGUGCUUAUGGACCCCGGCGAGGACCCUGAGGACACACUGCGCACACACCGGUCCCGGGAGAAGACCUUCAUCUUUGACACUGUUUUCGACCAGCAUGCGUCACAGGAAGACGUGUACUGUGCCACCACCCGGCACUUAGUGGAAGGCGUCAUUUCUGGGUACAACGCGACGGUGUUCGCCUAUGGCCCCUCAGGUGCAGGGAAGACCUACACCAUGCUGGGCACGGACACAGAGCCUGGCAUCUACCUCCAGACCCUCACCGACCUCUUCCGGGCCAUCGAGGAGACCCGGGACAACAUGGACUACAGCGUGUCCAUGUCUUACCUCGAGAUUUAUAACGAAGUGAUCCGGGAUCUCCUGAACCCCUCCUCGGGAUUUCUGGACCUGAGGGAAGAUUCUAGGGGCAGCAUCCAGAUAGCAGGCAUCACAGAGGUCUCCACCUCCCAUGCUGAGGAGAUCAUGCAGCUCCUCACCAAAGGCAACCGGCAGCGCACCCAGGAGCUGACGGCCACCAACAAGACGUCGUCGCGCUCCCACGCCGUGCUGCAGGUCACCGUGCGCCAGCGGAGCCACGGCGCAGACUUGGAGGAAGUGCACGUCGGGAGGCUCUUCAUGGUGGACCUGGCAAGCUCGGAGCGGGCGUCCCAGACUCAGAACCGAGGCAAAAGGAUGAAGGAGGGUGCGCACAUCAACCGUUCCCUGCUGGCACUGGGCAACUGCAUCAACGCACUCAGCGAGAAGGGUGGCAGUCGGGCGCAGUACGUGAACUUCCGGGACAGCAAACUCACGCGCCUGCUGAAGGAUGCCCUGGGAGGGAACAGCCGGACAGUGAUGAUCGCCCACAUCAGCCCAGCCAGCACAUAUUUCGAGGAGUCGCGGAGCACGCUGCUCUACGCCUACAGAGCAAAGAACAUCAAGACCAGGGUCAAGCGCAACCUGCUGGAUGUGUCCUACCGCAUCGCGCAGUACACGGACGUCAUCUCCAACCUGCGCAGGGAGAUUGGACGCCUCAAAGCCAAGCUCGAGAGGCAGGAGAAGGAGAAGCGGAGCGGCCCUGGCGUCAGGGACGUACAAGCCACGAUCCCCGCCAACGACACAGAGGAGGAUAGCCACCUGCAGAUGAACAAGAUUCAGGCACAGCUCAUUGGGGCCUUCAAGGAGCAGUUGGAGAUGAGGCGCAGCCUGGUGAAGCUGGAGAAUACCAACAUUGAGCUGCACAUCGACACGUCCCGCCACCUGCUGACCAUUACAGACUGGGAGCGGGAGAAGACCCAGCACCAGACGCACAGGGACAGGACGCCCGAGAGGGACGAGGAGCCAGUGGAGCCCGACGCGGAUGGGGGCGAGGGCGAGUCCGCAGAGCCACACGAGGUGGCUCUGGCCAGAGAGGAGGUCAACAUGCUAUUAGCCGAGCAGCGGAAAACUGCAGCCCUCAAGGCCGGGCUGGAGCAGCGGCUGGCCAACGCCAAGAAGAAGGCCUCGCAGAUGGAGAAGCUGCUGCCCCGGCAGGCCAUCAGCAAGGACCAGAGGGAAGUGCUGCGGCUGCUGUGCAGGGCCCACGAGCUGGAGGUGGAGAACACGGAGCUGCAGGCCCACAGCCUGCGCAGGAAGAACCUGCUGUGCCAGAAGGACUUCGUGAUCCAGCGCUACCACCAGCACCGGCGGCUCUGCGAGCAGAUCAUCCAGGACCAGCAGCAGCUGAUUCGGGGUGAGCCCGCCCCGCCACCCCUGCCCGGCACCUCUGCGUUUUAUUAUUGUGUUCUGGAGAGACUAGGCGGUGCAUGUGCGGAGACGCUGGUCUCCCUGCCGUCCCCACCCUGCCCCGGCCCACUGCUCUCACUCACUGGCACGUCCGCCGUAGAUGGUCUGUGCAAUGCGUGUGCGGACGGUGGCGUCCCGGUGCCGGAGCCCCUGGCCCAGCGGUACCGCCUGUACUCCCGGGAGCUGGGCGAGGGUGCGCUGAACCGCCUGCUGCUGCUGCACUCGGUGAUGUCCAGCUCCCUGCGGGAUGGCUCUGUUCUGAGCAUCUCUCCCCCACCGGAGGAGUCCAGCCGAGACCAGCCGGACGACAGGAAGGACCUCCCGUGGGGCGCCCAGUUUGAGCUGCCGCCGAUGCUGCUGGAGACGGACAGGUCUACUUCUGGGGGCCCAACCUGGGGCCACAGUGACAGCCCGGUGACAUCUGACCCCCCUGGCAUUGCUGGUUUUCUGCAGAAGCCGAGCUCCCUGAGCGUGAAGAAUUUGGUGUCCAAGCUGUGCUCCCCGGCCGGCCUGGAGCUGGGCCCCGUGCAGACGGCGGCGGAGGCUGGGCUGAGUGCGCAGGCCCUCAAGGAGAUGGCCGUGAGCACCAAGAGCAUCGCCCUCAUCGCGGCCACCCGGCGCUCCAAGGCGCAGGACCGCGAGGGCGGCAGCGGCCGCUCCUCCCUCCACCUGCCGGAGGAGGUGGCCCCAGACCCCAGCCCGGCAGACGGGAGGUGGCCCCAUGUCAGCCCGUGCAGGGACCGCUCUGUGGAGAGGAAGGCCAGGAGGCGGCGGUCACCCUCGUUCACCUGGAGCGUGCAGCUGGCAACAGAGAAACUUCAGCCCCUCUCCAUGGACCGUGUGGCUGAGACCCAGCACCCCGCUGCACUCCCUCAGCUGUCAAAGUCGUCAGGAAAGAGCUUUUUCCCUGCUGUCCCUGCAGCCUCCAAGAUAAAACCUAGCCUCAGUUUCCAUGCAGUGGCGUGCUGGCUGCUGCAUGAGGACCUGUGA